AAUCGAACCAAACCGGAAGUGGCUAGCUAGCGCCUAGCCUGUGAGUGUGUGUGUGCGUGUGUGUGUGUGUGUUGAGGUGUGAACAUGUUACCUUUAUCUAUUAAAGACGACGAGUACAAACCGGCCAAGUUCAACCUGCUGCUCAAGGUGUCGGGAUGGUUCCGGUCGAUCCUGUCCGACAAAACCUCCAGGAAUCUGUUCUUCUUCCUGUGUCUGAACCUGUCCUUCGCCUUCGUGGAGCUGCUCUACGGCAUCUGGAGCAACAGUCUAGGUCUGAUCUCAGACUCCUUCCACAUGUUCUUCGACUGCACGGCUCUGCUGGCCGGCCUCGCUGCUUCUGUCAUCUCCAGGUGGAGGUCCAACGACUGCUUCUCCUACGGCUAUGUGAGGGCUGAGGUGCUCGCCGGCUUUGUCAAUGGACUCUUCCUCAUCUUCACCGCCUUCUUCAUCUUCUCUGAAGGAGUGGAGCGUGCUCUGGAGCCUCCGGAUGUUCACCACGAGCGGCUGCUUCCUGUCUCUGUGGCCGGACUGCUCGUCAACCUGGUCGGCAUCUUCGUCUUCCAACAUGGAGGACACGGACACUCCCACGGAGACGCAGGUCACGGCCACAGCCACUCGCUGUUCAACGGCAGCCUGAACCACGGCCACGACCACAGAGGGAAACACGGCCACGGGCACAGCCACGGCCACGGCCACGGGCAUGAGCACAGCCACGGCCACGGGCACGAGCACGGCGGGCACGGGCACGGGCACGGCCACGGGCACGAGCACGGCGGGCACGGGCACAGUCACAGCCAUGAGGAUGCACACUGCCAUGAUGAGCUGCAGCACACACCUGGGAAAGGCUCUAGCAGACAGAUCCUGCAAGGCGUGUUCCUGCACAUCGUGGCCGACACGCUGGGCAGCGUGGGCGUGAUCAUCUCUGCCAUCCUGAUGCAGAAAUACGAGCUGAUGAUCGCCGACCCCAUCUGCUCCAUGCUGAUCUCCAUCCUGAUCGGAGUCAGUGUGGUGCCGCUGCUGAGGGAAUCCAUCGGCAUCCUGAUGCAGAGGACUCCGCCCACGCUGGACCACGCCCUGCCCGAGUGCUACCAGAGGGUGCAGCAGCUGCAGGGGGUGUAUAACCUGCAGGAGCCUCACUUCUGGACUCUGUGUACGGACGUUUACAUCGGAACGCUGAAGCUGCUGGUCGCCCCGGACGCCGACACGCGCUGGGUCCUGAGCCAAACGCACCACAUCUUCACCCAGGUGGGAGUGCGACAGCUGUACGUACAGAUCGACGUGGCGGCCAUGUAGAAGCCCCGCCCCCUCCUCUGGACUCCUGGGACCAAAGCCCUCAGCGUGCCGCGCUGGGUCACCUGACCUCCGACCCGACCGAGGACCAAUGAAGCGGCGGCUCGCCUGCGGGACACACGGAGGCCAGACGGGGGCGGAGCGGCCGACCUGACUGUGAUUUCCCAUCAUGCUCUCCUGCGGAGCGUCGCGGACGAACUGACACGCCCCCUUUUGAUGAAACGUGCAGCUGCGGGCUCCGGGCGGCUCCAGCUGCAUUCUGGGUAAAAGUGCCUUCGUAGUGAAUCAGAGACGAUCUGAAUGUUUCCUGUGAACGCGGCUGAAGCCUCAUCACGCCUCGCCACGCCGCCGUCCAACUGUGUCCCUCCGCCACCCCCAACCCCCCCCCACUGUAAUAAACAACUUCCUGUCCGUCA